AACCCAGGGUUGCGAGCUCAAUCUUUGAGGGGGCCAUUUAAGGAUGCGAGGCAAACAUUGGGGAUUGGUCCUGCUUUGAGCAGGUGGUUGGACUAGAUGACCUCCUGAGGUCCCUCCCAAUCCUGAUAAUCUAUGAUCACUUGGCAAACACAACAGUAUGAAACUUCAUUGGGAGUUGUGUUUUCUGUUGAUUCUACUAGAGAAGAAGAGAGUCUGUAAUCAUGGAGAAUAAGACCCAGGAAUGUAACUGGCUCUGAGUCCUCAGAGACAGUGAAUCCUCAAGCACCAGCUGGUAACACUGCAUCGCCAAGGCGUAGGGCUGAGGAACUUGUGGGAAUUGCCAACAGAGCCGCUCCACCAAUAUCACCAACCAGAAGGCACACCCUGAUUGGCUUGAAGAUUCUCAUUUGUGCCAGGGACAGAAGAGGUGCAAGAAUGGGAGUAUUUGGUGAAAGAGUUCCUCAGAUACAUCCACUUCAGAUCUUUUAAUAUGGAUGAUGAACCUGGAAAUCAAGAAGGCCCUGCGUCCCCAAGGGAAGAUGGUCCUAUGAAUCAAGAAGGCCCUGUGUUCCCACAGGGGCAUGGGCCUGAGAAUCGAGAAGGCCCUGUGUUCCCACAGGGGCAUGGGCCUGAGAAUCGAGAAGGCCCUGUGUUCCCACAGGCACAUGGAUCUGAGAAUCAAGAAGACCCUGUGUUCCCAAAGAAUGUGCAUGCUGCAGGUUCUUUCAAUCUGCAGAAACAAGAAGAGACUCAGCAUAUCCCAGAGUCAGUGGAAAAGGACUUGCAAAACGAGAAAAGAAAAGCAUUACAAAAAGUCCUGUCCAAGUUAGGGAUGGAGCAGCACAGAUGCCAGAAGCUCCGGCUGAAGGAUAUUCUGCAGAUCAGCCCAGAAAGUGUAAAGAGCUGGACUCCUGAGUCAUUAGCAGAUUUACCUUGGCAUUUCCUAAGAAAGAUAAUGGCUUUAAAUGGGAUGGCCAGAAAUACAAGCCUGAACUACAUGGCACCUGGUUAUCAACAAAGCAGUGAAGAUGAGCAAGAGCUGAAUACUGAUGAUAGUAUUUCUUGUCUUAGUGAUGCUAAUGCUGUGAAUCCACUUGAUGUUCUCUGUGCUGUUCUGCUUUGCUCAGACAGUUUCCUACAGCAGGAGAUCCUGUCCAAAAUGUCCAUGUGCCAGUUUGCCCUCCCUCUCCUGCUGCCUGCCCUCGACACCCCCAAGUGUACCCUAAUGCUGUGGGCCAUGAGGGACAUUGUGAGGAAGUGGAGGCCACACUCCCUAGCAGAGAGCAGAGGGUUCAUAGAGGAGAGCCUGGUGCUCACGGAAAUGCCAACCAUUUCCUUUGUGCGUUUGGGCAGCUGUAGCUUCUCCAAGUCCAAAUUCCUCAAUGAGGUUCUCAGCCCCUCCCAGCAGCACCAUGAUUUCUUUGUCCAUCGGGACAUGGAGUCUGGGCAUGUCCUUCGAAAUAUCUCUGAUGGGUUGGUAGAAAUAUCCUGGUAUUUUUCUGGGAGGGGAAAUUUGGAUCUUUUCCCAGAGCCCGUUGCAGUUACUAAUUUGCACGGAGACAUUGAGUCACACUGGCUGCAAUUCAGCUUUUUAACAAGUGUCUCCUCUUCAGUGUUUAUAAUUGUUGAAAGCAUGAGUGAAAAAAACUAUUUACUUUUAUCAUCUCUAAAGGAAUCAGCAAUGAAAUAUUAUUUCAUCUUUAACAUUCCAACUGGGAAAUCCAGUGAAACACAGAUAUUCUGUGAUAAAUUAAUCUCAGAGUUGAAACUGAACAAAUCACAGUUAUUGGUGAAAGACAGCAGCAAAAAUAAGGCCAAAUUUGUAAAAAUGCUACAAUUGCUUUUAGGACGUAUAAUGAAAUCUUCUGCCAAGAGAAUAAAUAUAGAGGAGAUGGCUGUUAUUGCACGUGAACUAGGAAUCCAGGUAGAUGAAGACUGUAAGGCAUGUCAAACAGGAAGCGAGUGGGCUAAAGAAAUCACUGCAGAAAUAAAAGACAUAGGAAAGUACAAGAAGGAAAUGUUGAGACUCCAAGGGGAUCCAUGGAAAAAAUUGGCUAAAGUGGAAAAAGAGCUGUGCCGAAUGAGAAAGCAAGGGGACAUCCCUUCUGAGAAAUAUAGAUCUCGGCUGAAAGAGGAAUUAUCAGAGUUACGUGCUCAGCAGAAUAAAUGUGAUCUUACUGAUGGUUUGAAUAAAUUUAUUACGAGUCUAAAACAACUAGCUCCACUGGAAAAACACUUCUUCCUGAAAUGGAUUAAGUUUAGAUUGGAUUGCAUUGCUAGGUAUAAUCUUUCUGAAUUGCGUGAUCAAUAUAAAAAAAAAUAUAACAUUUUAGGUGAUGACCCAAAAAAGUUAUCAGAACUAGAUGAAUUAAUAUCAGUCAGUUCCUUAGGACUUGAGCAUUUCAUGCGUGAGUUGGCACAGUUUUAUGAGGCUGAAUGCUCGAUGGUUAAAGAAGACAAAGUUGCAAAAAGCAAAAGACAAUUCACCCAUCUCCCAGGCAUAGCAGCUGACCUGAUGCUGGAAGGGUUUCCCAUGGAGCUGAUCGAUGGAGAUGCAUCCAACAUCCCACUGCAGUGGGUAACAGAUGUUCUGACUGAGCUCCAUGCCAAGCUGGGGGGAAGGUCCAGAAUGGUGGUUCUAACAGUGCUGGGAGUGCAGAGCACUGGGAAAUCCACCCUCCUCAACACCAUGUUCGGCCUGCAGUUUGCAGUGAGCAGUGGCCGAUGUACACGAGGAGCCUUCAUGUCACUCAUUAAAGUGGCAGAGAACUUUCAGCAGGAACUGGGCUGUGAUUUCAUCCUGGUGAUAGACACAGAAGGCUUGAAAGCCCCUGAACUGGCCAGGCUGGAGGAUAGUUAUCAACAUGACAAUGAGCUGGCCACACUGGUGAUUGGACUGAGUGACAUAACCAUUGUUAACAUGGCCAUGGAGAAUGCCACAGAAAUGAAAGAUGUUCUGCAAAUUGUGGUCCAUGCCUUCCUCAGAAUGGGGGAAAUUAGGCAAAAGCAUAAUUGCCACUUUAUCCAUCAGAAUGUCUGUGAUGUAUCUGCACAUGAUCAAAACAUGAGGGACAGGAAACGCCUCCUGGAGCAGCUGAAUGAAAUGACCAAAGCUGCAGCAAGGAUGGAAAAAAAAAGCAAGGAAAUAAAAUUUUCAGACAUUAUGGACUACGAUCCAGAGAAACACAAUUUGUACAUUCCUGGAUUGUGGCAUGGAGUCCCUCCCAUGGCUUCUGUGAAUAUGGGAUACAGUGAGACUGUGUGUGACCUAAAGAAAUCCCUGUUUGAACUUAUGAGAAGCCGUUCAAUUAACACAACACCUAAGAAGAUUCCCCAGAUCAUUGAAUGGGUGAGGAGCCUGUGGAAUGCUGUAAAACAUGAGAACUUUAUUUUCAGUUUCAGAAAUAGCCUUGUAGCAGAAGCCUAUAAUCAGCUGUCUGUGCACUAUUCAAAGUUAGAAUGGGAUUUCCGCAAGAAGAUGCAUCUCUGGGUAGCUCAACAAGAAACUGCUAUUCAGAAUAGUUCUCUACAUGAAUUAGAUACAGGUAAAAUAAAAUAUGAGUUGCAAAAGAAACUGGUGGAUGGUGAAAAGAAGAUUUUGGAUUGCUUACAAAAUUAUUUUGAUAGUGCGGCAGCUAAUCUUCACUUAAUUGAAAAGUACAAGGAAGAUUUUAUCAGGAGUGCAAAAGGCCUGAAGAAAGAACUUGAUAGUUAUUCAUUCAGUAAGUGUGAGGACGCAAUUCAAAUUCAAAAAGGCCGGUACAUGAUAAAAAAUAUCCAAAUUGAGUACAUGAAGAAAAUAGAAGAGAAAGUUGACCGACUUUUGAAAGAAUGCUGCAAAAGAGAAGAAAAAUUAAAUAAUAAGAAUCUGGAAUCUGAAUUUGAAAAAAUGUGGAGAAAAACAUUGUCAGAAUUAUCAUUCACUCCUUUACAGACACGACUAAUUUAUGAACAUAUGGAGUUCCAGUUGAGAAAGGACUUAGAGAAUCGAGGGAGUGAGGUCAAUCAGAAGCUACAAGAAGCAGGAAGCCUUCGGGAUUAUGGAAUAAAAUCUGUCACCAGUGAAAAUGAGUACUUUGUCUUUAAAUUUUUCAAAGCUGUGAAAUCCUCAGUCACAGCCAUCAAAGAGUGGUACAGACCACAACUUCCAUGUAACACAGAUGAACUUACUAAAUCAUUAAUGGACAAGUGCCAGAGUUACACGGAGAAAAAGAUAAAGUCCAAAGCAGACUACGAUGAAACUUUUUGCAGAGAACUGCUUAAUAUAAUCAAUGAGAAACUCCAGCAAUGUGAUCUGCACGAACUUCACAUCAGUGCUUUCUUUGAAGUCAAUCUAAAAUUUCACAUUUUGGGGAAGGCGGCUUGUGCAUUUCAGAAGAUGCACGAGGAUUUUAUCAAGGAAAAUGACCCUCAGCAACAUCUGGAGAGACUGAAACCUCAGUAUUUCUCCACCUUUAGAGACCUCUACUUGGAGAAGGAUACCUGCCAAGAGAGAGCUAAGGAUUUCUGUGAUCAGUGUCUGAGACCUGCCCUGGUGGAGUAUGUGAACAAGAGACUGGGAAUAGAAAUAGUGGAUGACUUUCUCAGGAAGGGACAAUCCUUAGAAUAUGGCAGCCGGAGUUUUUUCCAGUUUGCUGUGCAGAAGAAGCUGCUGGAGGAGAUGAAUUUUGAUAACUAUGUGAAAUAUAUUAACAACUAUGAAGAGUUUGUUAAGACCUGGAUACUGAGACACCUGCUAGAUCACUACAAAGAGGGUGAGGGUUUGAGAGUUAUGGAAGAACAGAUUUUAACUACAGUUAUAAACGAAGUCAACAAGGCCCUGGAAAACUGCAAAUAUAAAAAAACAAACACAAUCUCUGCCUUCUUAGACAACUUUUGCAGUGUGCUGCAGCAGGACCUAGUCAUUUCCAGGGACAGUUUAGCUGGGCUCAGACUUAAAAUCACAGCAAAUGCUGAACAGUUUUCUGUAUAUAUUGAAACCUUUCUUCCUAAUCUGAAGGAACUAAUUUUAUCUGAAUUUAAAAAGCUAGAAAUUGUGUCAGUACUCUCCAGUUUACCAGUGAAACCUGAGGAUGAAAUCUUCAAGCGAGUGUUUGGCUGUGGGAAGCAGUGCCCAUUCUGUAAAGUCCCCUGUGAAGCAGGAGCCCCUCUACACAAGGAGCAUUUUGCAUCAGUGCAUCGACCUAAAGGAUUAGGGGAAUACCGAAGUAUUGAAACAAAGAUACUUUGCUAUGAUAUAUGCUCUUCUGCAGUGGUUUCUAAUGGCUCAUUCAGAUGUUCAGAGACAAAAUGGAAACCUCAUCCUUAUAAAGAUUAUCUCAAUUUUUUCCCAGACUGGCGCAUCCAGCCAGAUCCCAGCAUCACGGCUUCCGAUUACUGGAAGUUUGUUUUCAAGGAAUUCAAUCACCAGUUUGCUAAGGAGUUUAAGGCUCUCCCUGCUGAUCUCCCUGAGGACUGGGGUAAAAUAACCAAAGAGCAGGCACUGGAGGGCCUAAAGGAAGUGUUUAUAUUGAAGGCUAGAACAGGCUGAGAAACUCUGUUAUGAGCAGAAAUUUACAGAAGUUAAUUUUCUUUAAAUGUGGCAUGUGAAAAAAAUCCCAUAUCUUCUAAAUAUGUACUUUUGUUUCUUUGAGAAAAUCAGACAUGGUUUGCAACUUCCAAUGCUUUUUCACAUAACAAUUUAUGGUGCAAUUCAAGAUGAGAGAAAGACCCAAAUGUGGAGUUUCUGCAUGUUUGUCUUAAGGACCAGAUGACCACAAUCCCAAUUCUGUUCUCACCACUGCAUUUUGGUCGUGCAGUGGUACCAUCCAGUGACCUGCAAGCCUUUCCUAGAUGAGAGUUUUUUCCAAAACCCCCCCCCCCCCAAAUAUCAACCAUCCACUUCUGCUACUUAAAGCAUCAAUAUCCUGUGGUUUUGUGGCUAACCUGACAUCAAACAGCCUGGCCCUGUUGCUUGCCUUCCAUGAAGAAACACAUGGGAGGGGAAAAGCACUAGAAACACCAAGGAGAGUGGUUUUCAGCUAAACAUAAUGGGGAAGGGAGGCGUGCAGCCAGCAAACCCAACCGACCCUGAGGAUUCAAAGGGAAUCCCCACAAACCCAACAGACUCUGAGGCUCCAAGGGAAACCCACCCCAUAGCUGUGAAUAGUCUUUCCCUCUGCCCCGCUGUCUGCCCUGCACACCCCUCUCACCCAGGGCAGUAAGGCUGAGAAGCCAUGGUGCUAGUAGCUUCUCUCCCUGUGAUUGUCUGCCACCCUCUGCAUGGGGGAUGCUGUGGGGAGCAGCCAGGGAAGGCAGUUAGUGCUGCUAAGCAAUCUGUGGUCCCAGGUGGAAUGUCACCUACUGCCAUUUUGGCUGAUACCUAGCGCCCGGCGAGGAUACAAAAAUGUAUCCACAUCCAAUUUGUGAUCUGCAAAAAUUGUCUGCGGUUACCCGCAUCUGCAGAUAUCUGUGGUUUUGCAGAGCUCUAGACUGCUCCACAGCUCACUGCACAGCAGUGACGCAGGGCUGUGCCAAGCCCCCAACCCCCAGCUACCUCCCACUUCUCCCCAGAGACUUCCUGCCCCACAACCUGCUCCACCCCCACUGCACCUCCUUCCCUGCUCUAGGUAGGAAGGCAACAAUCCUGGGCCUUCGUGUUCAGUGCCACCCUCCCAGUGGUGGGGCUCGGACAACCCUAUGCAGCUGCAGCGGCUGUAAUGCACGCAGAUCCGGCCCAAACAUAGAGCGGUGACCACUGCUCUCUUCACAGCAUGCGCCCUUGCCGCCCACUAGUUUGAAUUACAACCACACCUCUUUCAAAAUGGUGCUUGGCUCACUCCCUUCUGGGAGUUGUAGUUUACCUUCUCCCUCCAAGAAAGCUGGGGACUACAGCUCCCAGAAUCCCCAGAGGGCUGUCCCCGCUGUUGCAUAAUUCAAAGAGCCAAGCUGGAGCCUGAGGGCUGAGUGACAGCCACUCCAUUCGGGUGAUUGUGUGCAUCUGCAAAAAUGGUCCACAGAUGUAAAAUGAACACCCGUGGAUUUGCAGGGCUCUACUGAUACCUGCUUGGGUUACCUCCCCUCUGCAUUCAUGGCAUGGUUUGGCCCACCUCAGUGUCUAACAUCCCUAAGGAUCCUUCAGGAUGACAGGUUUCAGAGAGGUAGCCAUGCUAGUCUGUAUCAGCAAAAACAACAAGGAAUCCUGUGGCACCUAAGAGACUAACACAUUUAUUUGGGCAUAAGCUUUCAUGGGCUAAAGCCCACUUCAUCAGAUGCAUCUGUUUAUAUUUAUAACAAGCCAAAACAGAGGGGGGACCCAGUCUGGAGGAAAAACUGAGCUCUGACCUCUGAAUCCAAGUUAUGAAUGGGGUAAUGACUUACACACCUAGUCAAAGGAUUUCCUCCUCAGACCAUGUCUAAGGGGACCAAGGCCUGAGCCAGAUUGGACUCAGGAUUGCUGAAUGCCCUGAAGGGUGCUAGGCCUUGUUACAGGAAGUUGGGCAGCACUGUAAUUUUUUUUGAUAUUACACCUUCUUAAGGCUAGUCUACACUAGAAGUGCUACAGCGACGCAGCUGUACCAAUGCGGCUACGCCACUCUAGAACAUCCAGUGAAGAUGCUCUCUGCUGAUGGGAGUGAGCACUCCCAUCAGCAUAAUAAAACCACCCCUCUGAGAGGUGGUAGCCAUGUCAGCUGGAGAAGCUCUCCUGCCAACGUAGCACUGUCCACACCUGCGCUUAGGUUGGUGUAACUUAUUCACACCCCUGAGCGACAUAAGUUAUACCAAGAUAGCCUGUGGGGUAGACAAACCUUUAGUGUUGUGUGUUAAAGCAGGUAGCCGAUGUGUGCUUUGUUUUCCAGGCAUGUGUGGCAGUCAAUCAAUGGACAUUCAUUUACCUUCCCAUUUACGCUUCAUAAAAUAAAAUUCAAACAUGCCGUGUUUGAUGAUUUAGACACAAAAUAAA